GCUUGACGCGAUUCACACUCCACCUCCCAGAAUGCACUCGGGCGUCCACGCAGGCGCAGACGCCUUUAUUUAGUAUACAGACCAGACAGCCGGAAGCUGCCUGCUGGAAUUGAGCGAACGAAGAAUACUUGGUGCGAUGGAGCGAUGAAGUGUCCACAGCCGGAGGAGUGAAAACGGCGACGCAGCCAUGACCGAGUGCUUCCUGCCUCCCAGCAGCAGCCCUGCUGAGCAGCGCAGGGCGGAGCACCCGGGGGGCGUGGCCCGCACUCCCAGCUCCGAGGAAAUCAGCCCCACCAAGUUCCCGGGACUGUACCGCACCGGCGAGCCCUCGCCGCCGCACGACGGCCAUCACCAUGAGGUGCCCGACACGUACGUGUCCGACGAUGACAAGGAGCACAGCAAGAAGAAGAACAAGUUCAAGAAGAAGGAGAAAAGAACUGAGGGCUACGCCGCCUUCCAGGAGGACAGUUCUGCAGACGAAGCCGAGAGUCCCUCCAAGAUGAAGCGCUCCAAGGGGAUCCACGUGUUCAAGAAGCCCAGCUUCUCCAAGAAGAAGGAGAAAGACUUCAAGGUGAAGGACAAGAGCUUCAAGGAGGACAAAGCCAAAGACAAGAAGUCAAAGGACAUGACGGCUGCUGAUGUGGUCAAACAAUGGAAGGAGAAGAAGAAGAAGAAGAAGCCGACAACGGAGGCAGAGCCGGUCCCUGUGGAGGCCCCUGCCUUCAGGCCCAUCUUUGGAGCCCCUCUCGUGGAAGCAGUGAAGAGGACGGCCCUGUACGAUGGGAUCCAGCUGCCCGCCAUCUUCAGAGAGUGUGUGGACUACAUCGAGAGCUACGGCAUGAAGUGCGAGGGGAUCUACCGAGUCUCAGGUAUGAAGUCCAAAGUGGAUGAACUCAAAGCGGCCUAUGACCGCGAGGAGUGUCCCUGCCUGGAGGAGUACGACCCGCACACGGUGGCCAGCCUGCUGAAGCAGUACUUGCGUGAGCUGCCCGAGAACCUGCUGGGCCGGGACUUAGCACAGCGCUUUGAAGACGCCUGCGGCCGGCAGCUGGAGGCGGAGAAGGUGACUGAGUUCCAGAGGCUCCUCGCCGAAGUCUCCGCCGAGAGCCGGCUUCUUCUGAGCUGGCUGAUCACACACAUGGACCAUGUGAUCAGCAGGGAGACUGACACCAAGAUGAACAUCCAGAACAUCUCCAUCGUCCUCAACCCGACCAUACAGAUUGGGAACCGCGUCCUCUACAUGUUCUUCACCCACGUGAAGGAGCUGUUUGGCGACGUGGUGCUGAAGCCGGUGGUGCGACCGCUUCGCUGGUCCAACAUGGCCACCAUGCCGCAGCUGCCCGAGACUCAGGACAACAUCAAGGAGGAGAUCAGGCGACAGGAGUUCCUGCUCAACUGUCUACACCAGGACCUUCAGGCUGGGGUGAAGGACCUGUCCAAAGAGGAGCGGCUCUGGGAGGUCCAGAGGAUCCUGACCGCCCUCAAGAGAAAGCUGCGGGAGGCCAAGCGUCAGGAGUGCGAAACUAAGAUCGCCCAGGAAAUAGCUAGCCUGUCGAAGGAAGACGUUUCCAAAGAGGAGAUGACGGAGAACGAAGAGGAGGUGAUCAACCUGCUCUUGGCUCAGGAGAACGAGAUCCUGACGGAACAGGAGGAGCUGAUCUCGCUGGAGCAGGUUCUGCGGCGACAGAUCGCAACAGAGAAGGAGGAGAUCGACCGGCUGAGAGGGGAAAUCGCAGACAUACAGAGUCGACAGCAAGGUCGGAGCGAGACGGAAGAAUAUUCCUCGGACAGUGAGAGUGAGAGCGAGGAUGAGGAGGAGCUGCAGAUAAUCUUGGAGGAUCUACAGAAGCAGAACGAGGAACUGGAGAACAAAAACACCCACCUGAACCAAGCCAUCCACGAGGAGCAGGAGGCCAUCUUGGAGCUGCGCGUGCAGCUGCGUCUCCUGCAGAGCCACAAGCUGCAGCAGGAGCUGACCGUCCCACCGUCGGCGGAGCAAGCUCCACCCCUCCAGUCCAGCCCAGAGGCCCGCAGCGAAGAGCAGACCAAGCGCUCCGUCACCACUGCAGCUGGGAACGCAGACACCUCCGCCUCAGCUAACGGGAAAGCCGCUAAAGAUCCUUCCAAGCCGUCGCCCAGCAAAGACCGGAGGGACGUGUGAGCUCACCACCCGGUGGGAGAAGGAGCCCGAGCCAGAGGGACCACGCCUGCGGAGCCGGUAUGAAGGAAGCGAUGAAGGGAACCAGAGGAACUUUAUUUUUAUUCACAGGUCAAAACAACAACUUUUCCCGCUGUCCUGCUCACGGAUGGUGUUGUAGGAAGGAGACCACUGUGCCAUAACUGAAGACGAGUUCGCCCCAAAGAACCACUAACGCAGAAGCUCUUGAAUCUUAAUCUUUAAUAUUAAAUAUAUUUAAGUAGACGAUUGACGACAAGCGUUGAUUGGCGCUCCUCAGUAAUAUAUGAAUAGAUGUGAACUUUAUCCUCCGUGCUUUUUCUUCACACAUUUAAAACCCAAAUUCCUGGUUUUAUUUCACAAUUGGCCGGAACACGCUCCGAUAAAACAUUACGACCACCUGCCUGGCACAGUGUAGGUCCAGCCGUUGCACCGGCUGCGGCGCUUUUGUGGGAUGCCAGGAAGUGAACCCCCGGUCUCUGCUGGGGCUGGUGACCUGCUCGAGUGCAAGUCCUCACUCGUGCCAUAGUUUCAAGCGACACUCUAGAAUGUGUGUUUUAUGUGUUCCAAGAAGAGGAGAUGCCCUGCAGAAUCUUAUUUAACUGAUGGAUCCAAUGAAGGAAUGGAACCACCGUGUUCCUUCCACCCCUAACCUGUGAUGACCACUGCAGACCGGGGGCCGAGGACCACCUCCCCUCCCCUCCCCUCCCCUCCCCUCCCCUACACUGUGUCAGCCUCGUGGUCGUACUCUCGUAGCUGAUUCACUCAACGUUGGUCCAGCUCUUGCACGAUCCGUGCUCACAUCUCAAACAUUGACUUGUGUAUUUUCUCAUGUAUUUGUGAGUCAGUCAUUUCAUAUCACGGCCGACGAUCACCGUCGAAACUAUUUUCUGUCGUGAGAUGUACUGUAUUUUCAGCUCACGCUCUGUCUGCUCUUUUUUUAUGAUUCGAGUAUAUCAAGUGUUUGCCUGUACGAGUCCGCGUAGACCCGGACUUGUGAUCGUGUUGAUCAUCCUGUGACUGAAGCUUCGCAUAAACUUAUUUUCAUAUUGUGCUGAGCUUCCUGUUGCAGACGGAAUAAUGCUGUGAAGAAUAAAGUGUCAAACCGUUAGCUUUUGGUGACGCUUU